AUGUAUAUCCCACAAGAUGAAAUUGUUCAAUUAUCAAAAAGGGAUGGAUUGUCACUAGGAGGAUUUUUACUCAUCAUAUUAUUAAUUGCCGCUGUUGUAAUUGGUGUGUGCGUUGGUGCUAGCACUAGCAAAGCAAAUCCACAACACUCUACAAGCACCAUAAAUACUGCAAAUGAUGCAAAUACUAUUAAUACUUCUAAUAGUACCAAUAGUACCAAUAAUACCAUCGCUUCCAAUAGUACCUUAAUUACAGAUACUUCAAAUACAACAACUACCACAACAAUUACAAAUGUUUCUGGGACAAGCAAAUCUAUAAUGACAAUUACAAAGACGUCAGAACCAAAUUCUACUCAAUUUAUACCUGUUGCCCCGAAUUUACCACUACCAGUUCAUAAGAAAGAGAAAUAA